AUGGUAAUAGUUUGUUUGGAGAAUCGUUAGUGAAAACACGACAGUUGUUUUAUUUCUGUGUUGGGCAAACAAUCGAUUGAACCGCGCAGUAGUGUGGAAGAAAAAUAGACAACCGCCGCGUGUGUGCUUUUGGGUAUUUUGGUUUUCGGUGUGAAGUGCAUCCUGUAAGAAAAGAAGUUGCCGAGAUUGGAAUACACACAUAUUGUGCUUGCUGGUGUUGUUGUUUUUCAGUGCUUUUUGUGAAAAUAAAUUGAAAACAAAUUAAAACAACAAAAGCAAGUGUUUCGAAAAACAUACUCACUUACUCGCUCACUCACACAAGCGCUUGCUCUUGUGCGUUUACUCCGAGUGCAGAGUGUAGAGCGUAGAGUCUGCGAAUCAUCUCGAAUUGAAACUUGCGUACACAAGUUUUUGUACACGGCUGCUGCCGGGCGGUGAUGCUGCGGAGUGGCUGACUGGCUGCGGCUCUAGUGGAAGUGAAGAGCCAGAUAAAUAAAAAGAAGGCGAAAUAAAGGAAUACAGAAGGAGUGAUUUUGAAUGUGUAUGUGUUGCACCGUGUAAAAACCAGUCAAGUUCUAGACACUCAAGAAAAAAAGGAAGAAAGCUCACCCGGUUUUACAGUGUGACGUGACAGCGGGAACGAAGAAGAGAGUGCAUGAUAGUAAGUAGUGAAACCAUACCGUUGUGUGGACCAAAUCAUCAAAACAAAAACAACGAGCUCCCGAGGUCGGUAAACUAACAAGUGAAGCGAAAAGAAAGACGAAUCUUUUGCUUUCCUACCCACACAUACACACACACAAACACGUACGAGCAACAGCCGUCCGUCGCGGAACGUGACACCCACCAGGGGGAAUUCGCAGACUCACUAGCAGAGGAAUUUCACCAACACGUUCGACGUUUGUUCGACUCCCUUCCGCAAGGGCGGCAAUUGAAGCGGGUGUCGGCACGUGCGGAAAGUGCGACGGCCACGAGCUGCAUGUCAGUGAUGCCAGCUUACUAGAGGUGUACGGCCAGCGGCGAAGACAUUCGGACCAAGCGGAUCGUUUCGGUAGUUACGGCAGUACCGGCGGUAGCCACUCGCGGGAGAACAGCCCGAACCGGAUGAUGCCCCCGAUCAACCACUCGGCAACACCAGGCAUCAUGACGGACGCCCAGGGACUCAUCGUACCGAAGAAGCUGAUCAACCCCUGCGCCGAAUCGAUGGACCGACAAAACCUGCACCGGGAGCUGAUGUUCAACCAGAAAAUGGGUAAAAAUGUGCUCAAUCAAAAAUCCGAACUGCAGCGGGCACUGGAGAAGCAAAAGGAGCGCCAGGUUCUGGCGGCGCAAAACCUCGCCAAGCAGCAAGCCCAGGAGAACACGAUCGCUAACGAGCUGGGCCGAGUGAUCAUGCAGCGAGCGGCCCGGCUGGAGCAGAAAAGCCUGGCGGCAGCGGCCGCCGGUUCCCAGCAGGAUCAGCCCGACUCCAUCAAUCCCGAAUACCUGAAUGCUCGUGCGAAACUGCGUGCCACCACGGCCGUCUACUCGAAAUAGACCGAUAAGUAGUCGAAUGCGAGCAGAGGGAGAGGUCGCUUUUAGUGAAAACACAGUAAAACCCGAGCCUCGGAUUUAUUUUAACCCCUUUCCCCCCUUCCCCACCAACCACCCGUACCAAUUUUCUCGAUUAUCAGUUAAGUUUUAACGUGUAGACAAGUGAUAGCGACUACAAUGAUUUCCGUUCUGUGUUUUUAAAACUCUUCAAUGGCACUGCAUUUGAGUGGAAUGUGAGCCGGUUGGCGAUGUUUUUAUUUACAAAUUUUUUUUUAGAUAAAUUCAAACCAGAAAAACAAAACGAAACAGAACAGUUAAGAGUAUAAUUGCAAUGUAUUGCAGAAAGAAGAUGAGAGGCGACAUGCUUUAAGUAGUUUUAAUGAGUUAUAUGUAUGUCUAAUUCUAUUAUCUCUCUAGAUAGAAAGAUCUGUUGCAUGUAUAAAAUUGGAAAAGUGUUUAAUUUGUAGAGAUACGCGCUCACGAGGAAGGAUUUCCGGCAACCAGAGAAUUAAAGGGGCGAAAUUGUGAUAAAUGACUGAUUGGGGACGUCCCGUCCCAUUGAACCGGUCGGAAGACUCCACUCUGGAAAUCCUUCCCGUAAUCCUUCUUCCGUGAAAAUAGAAAAAACGAUAGUAUAAACACAGACAAACAGUUAAGCGUCAGAUACCGUAUUCUAUAGCGACUAGUUCUGGUUUAGUUUGUAAGUCAUUUGUCAGCAGAAUUUUAUAUGAAAGUAACCGAGGCAAAAGUAAAUCUGAACAACCAUGAUCAAACAUGAGAGAAAAUCUGCCUUUUUUUGGUUCGAAGAAAGAGCUAAACGAGUAACGAAUAUAGAGGGACCGUAAUCAUCGAUACUCAACCCAACUUGAUGAAUCUGAUAGGACGUAAAAUGGUAUUCUAAUCUCCAUUCCAAAACCAAAAAAAAAACUAAUGACCUUCUGUAACGUAGAAAGCAAUGAAAGUUAACAAAUCAUCUUCACCAUCACCGAAUCACCACACCAAAUCAAUCUUCAUCAAAAACCGUACUGAGCAUACAAAACCUGAUUAGAGACAUGAGUAGAGUAGUGCGUACAGUUAGUACACAACACCAGAAGACUAUCGAAUCCCGCGUUCGGCCUUGUUAGUAUGAUCCGUAUUAUAGAUGAGAACUGAUUAUUCAUAUUCCGCAGCCCUUUUCCCAUGUAAAACGGUUUUGGUCUGCGACUCCACCAUACAAUACAUACCUACAAUCAAUCAUAAAACAAGUGUUAAGCUGGUUACUCAAGUGGAAAGUUCAUGUAACUACGUGUUAAACUUACAGGUUUAUAAUAGUACAUAUAGGGAAUAAAUCAACAACUAUCAUAACACAAAAACAAAAAAAUUCUACCACCUAGGCUAGAGCUCAGUUGACAUGAGCAGCAGCAGUGAUUGAUAGUGGCAAAAUUUGUUAACGGAAUAUCUAGUUAUACGAGUACCGGAUAACCUAUCAUAAGCAAGCAAACAAAUAGGCAAACAAACCAGAAUCAUAUGUGUAGUAAGUUCGUGGUAGUGAAGUUCUAGACGGUGUAGAUCCUACGCUGUCGAACUUA